UAGGCUGAGUCAGGGAAAGAACUUCGGCUUCCGGGUUUGCAACCAAGGCGGGGAAGAGCAUGUCACUCUGAGGGAAGAAGGAGAAGAGAUGAAGAGAGUCACCCUGUUUGUGAAUGGCAGCCCCAGGAAUGGGAAGGUUGUGGCUGUUUAUGGGACUCUUUCAGACUUGCUUUCUGUGGCUAGUACAAAGCUUGGAAUAAAAGCAACAAGUGUCUACAAUGGGAGAGGGGGACUCAUUGAUGACAUUGCUCUUGUUAGGGAUGAUGAUGUCCUUUUUGUAUGUGAAGGGGAACCCUUUAUAGAUCUCCAGACUGAUGUAAACACUCCAGAUGCAUUAACAGGCUCUCAUUCAGACUGGAUCACGCUCAAUGUUGGGGGACGGUAUUUCACAACUACUCGGAGCACAUUAGUUAGUAAGGAACCGGACAGCAUGCUGUCUCGUAUGUUUAAAGAUAAAGAUGCCUGGGGAAACAAACGGGAUCACAGAGGAGCCUUCCUGGUUGACCGUAGUCCUGAGUACUUUGAGCCAAUUUUGAACUAUUUGCGACAUGGACAGCUCAUUGUUAAUGAAGGCAUCAAUUUGCUGGGGGUUCUAGAAGAAGCCAGAUUCUUUGGGAUUGACUCUCUAAUUGAACACGUUGAAGUAGCCAUUAAGAAUUCACAACCAGCUGAAGACCAUUCUCCUAUUUCUCGAAAGGAAUUUGUCAGGUUCCUACUUGCAACCUCAACGAAGUCUGAACUUCGGUGUCAGGGUUUAAAUUUCAGCGGGGCAGAUCUCUCUCGACUCGAUCUCAGAUACAUCAACUUCAAGAUGGCAAACUUAAGCCGGUGCAACCUGGCCCAUGCCAACCUCUGCUGCGCAAACCUUGAACGAGCAGACCUUUCUGGAUCAGUUCUUGAUUCUGCCAACCUCCAAGGGGUGAAGAUGCUUUGCUCCAAUGCAGAGGGAGCAUCGUUGAAAGGCUGCAACUUUGAGGAUCCUUCUGGCCUUAAGGCUAACCUAGAAGGUGCCAACCUGAAAGGUGUUGAUAUGGAAGGGAGUCAGAUGACUGGAAUUAAUUUGCGAGUUGCAACUCUGAAGAACGCAAAGUUAAAAAACUGCAACCUAAGAGGAGCAACCCUUGCAGGAACUGACUUGGAGAACUGUGACCUGUCUGGUUGUGAUCUACAAGAAGCCAACUUGAGAGGCUCCAACGUGAAAGGGGCCAUAUUUGAAGAGAUGCUGACACCACUUCACAUGUCUCAGAGUGUCAGAUAGGUGCAGAGAGGAACAGGAACCCUCCUGUCGGCCCUCCUUUCUCUUUAUUGUAGGCCCAACUCUUUUGCCAGGACUUGCGCUUCUAAGGAACUACCUCUAUGGUGCGGGCUUGGGGAAAUCCCACUUAUAGUAAUAGGAAUAGCCGCUGAACCAUAUUUAGAAAGCUAGUGGAGCUUUGGACUCGGAACUGUCGCUAUUCUUGAUGGAUACAUCAACUCUUCCGCACCACCUCACUCCAGAAUGCAUCUUCUGCUUUGGAUAUUAUUAUUAUUAUUAUUACUAUUAUUAUUUAUAAAAGCACAAUAUAUGCAAUUUAUAUUUAUUAAAUGUCUAGUUGCAACAUA